AUGAUAAACAACGACAUUGAAGAGGACAACAGCGACAGCGAAGAGGACAACAGCGACAAUGAAGAGGACAACAGCGACAGUGAAGAGGACAACAGCGACAAUGAAGAGGAAAACAGCGACAUUGAAGAGGACAACAGCGACAGUGAAGAGGAAAACAGCGACAGUGAAGAGGACAACAGCGACAAUGAAGAGGAAGACAGCGACAUUGAAGAGGAAAACAGCGACAGUGAAGAGGAAGACAGCGACAGUGAAGAGGAAGACAGCGACAAUGAAGAGGAAAACAGCGACAAUGAAGAAGAAGCGUUAGACUGCAGUUAUCCCGAGGAAAAGGAUGGCUGUAGAGGAGGCUGGUACACAUCAGUGUGGAGCUACAUCCAGUCAGCUGGUAGACUAGCUGCUAUGACGGAUAUACCUUACUUUCCAGCAGCUGAUAAAUGUAGCCGAUGGAAAGAAAAAGCCAACGGAAUAAAGAAUGCGGACUACAUCGGUCACUACAAAGCCUCCUCAAGCUCGCUGGAGAGGAUUUUAACAAUGUAUAUCCCAGCAGCGGCAUUUACAGUAGAGGAUGAAUUUUACGCGUACAAGGAUGGUGUGUACAGUGGAUGUGAAACCCCCAAAAGGGUAAAUCACGGGGUUGUUAUUGUUGGGUAUGCUCCUCGAUAUUGGGAGGUUAAGAACAGUUGGGGAUCUGACUGGGGAGACAAAGGGUUUGCGAAGUUCUCCAGAACACGUGUAAACAUGUGUCAGAUCACGUCACGUGUCAUGUAUACUGUUGUUAUUGGGAGAGAUAGAGGGGAGCACGAUCAACCUGACGUCAUACCUGUUGACGAUUUAAAGAAUGUUGCUCUGCAUAAAACCGUGACAAGUUCUGGUGGCGAGCUUGUUACAGAGGCUACUGAUGGAAAUCAAGACACUUGCUUCUCAACCAAAGAAUCAACGAACCCCUACUUCAAACUGGACCUGGGAAGAGCAACUAAGGUGCAAAGAGUUGAAAUCAUAUCAACUGAUCCCAAAAGCAUUAUUGGAAGCAAAGUUCACAUCGGAAAUAGAGGAGAUUUUCUGGACAAAAGGAUCGGAGUUAUCCGAGAAGUGGAAGGAAACAGAGCAUUGAUAGAUUUGGAAGAGAGUGUGGAAGGUUCCAGAUUAUUUUGGGAGUUCUACAGUGGAGGAAGUGUAAGAACUUUGACUGUUUGCGAGAUAAGGGUCCUGGCAGGUGAUGGGGAUGAAGAUGAUACGGAGGAUUGUCCCCAGGGGACGGUAAAGUGUUCUGAUAGAGUGUGUCGUCAUGCACAUAUGUGCUAA